AUGGCAAGCCUCCACACCAAACAGAAGCUCAACACAGGCGCUGAAAUCCCGGCCGUUGGCUUCGGAACCUGGCAAGAUGCUGGCGCCCAAGAAGACGCCGUCACCGAAGCCCUGAAAGCAGGCUAUCGACACAUUGACACAGCUCGUAUCUACGGCACCGAGCCCGCCGUCGGUGCUGCCAUCAAAAAAUCUGGUAUCCCUCGCUCUGAGAUCUUCAUCACGACUAAGCUGUGGAACAAUAGCCACCACCCUGACGAUGUGGAGUCCGCCCUUGAUGCUUCCCUCAAAGACCUGGGCACAGACUACCUAGAUCUCUACCUCAUGCACUGGCCUUCUCCCUUCGCCCGAGGCGAUACCCUCAUGCCCAAGAAAAACGACAAGAUUGAAACAGGCGACACGGACUACGUUGACACAUGGAACGCUAUGGAGAAAACUCUCAAGAGUGGCAAGACAAAGGCAAUCGGCAUCUCCAACUUCAGCAAAGCAGAGCUCGAGCGCCUCCUCAAAGAAACCACCGUCGUCCCCGCGGCGCACCAAAUCGAAUGCCACCCCUGGCUGCAACAGCAAUCAUUCGCCGCAUUCCACAAGAGCAAAGGCAUCCACAUACAACAAUAUUCGCCCUUUGGCAAUCAAAACGCUAUCUACAGCUCCGGCAAGGACAUGGGAAAGUUGAUCGACGACCCAACUAUUACCGAGAUUGGCAAGAAGUACGGCAAGAAUGGCGCGCAGGUUGCUUUGGCGUGGGGGAUCGCCCACGGACACAGUGUGUUGCCGAAGAGCAAGACGCCCGAGAGGAUUCGAAGCAAUCUGGCGGGAGAUUUCAAGCUGGAGAAGGAGGAUUUGGAUAAGCUCAACACGAUCGAUAAGAAGCUUCGUUUCAAUGACCCGUCGGGGAAUUUCGGCUGGAACUUCUACACCGAUCUGGAUGGGAAGAAUUGA